AUGCCAAACAAAUGUUUUGUGCCAGGAUGCAAAACUGGCUAUGCCAGUUACAACAAAAAGUUAAAAGUAGAAAAUAAAAAACCACCUAUUUUAUUUCGUGCACCAAAGGAUAAUCAAUCUCUGGAAGUUUGGAACAAACAUAUUCCCCGUGAUGAUAAAUUAUUAAGUGAAAAAGAUUAUGUUUGUGAAUUACACUUUGAGGCCACUAGUAUUAUUAAAUAUGAUGAGUUCAAUAUUACUGAAGGAGUUGUAGAAAAACUAGAAAGGACUACUCCAAUGUUAAAAACAGAUGCAGUUCCUACAAUUUUUCCAGGUCUUCCGAAAUAUUUAACUACAACAAUACAAAAACGUCCAGCACCAAAAUUACGUUUGAUAAAUCCUAUAAAAAAAGAAAAGAUUGAUGAGAAUAUUGUGUUAGAUUAUGAAGAGAAAAGUGAAACUGAAUAUAACAUUAGAAUUCUGCACCAAGAGGCCUCAACUAUUCCUCUUCCUGGAACCAUGUGGGGGAUUCACACUUCUCCAGGAAAAACUAUACUUGCUCAUUUAAAUUUGAAAUUAGAAUGUGAUAAAACUAUAGUAUUUACUGACAAUUGUAUACCUAUAGUACAUAUUUCAAAAAAGCUAGUUGAAUUUCCAGAAAUAAAAUGUAAUUUAGAUCUCCAAAAACUUGUACGAACAAUUGAUGAAUUAAUUCCUUGCACUGGAUAUACUGAGAACGGCUUUCUAUCUUCUGAAUGUAUUGGUUAUGUAAAACAAGAUCUGUCAUUAGCAAAAAAUUCUAAAAGAAAGAUAAGGUGUAUUAAUUGUAGCGAAUUAAGAAGAAAAAACCAACGAAAAUAUAAAAAAAAACCAAGAGUCAAAGUUAUUGCUUCUAAACUAAAAAUUAAAAGUGACCUACAUAGAAAACUUUGUAGAAAAGUUCUUUCUUUAAAACAACAACUCAAUUUAAUUCUAAAAAAGUAUGAUGACCUUACUCAAACACAAUUAUCGUCAUAUACAGAAAAACUACCUGAAAAACAAAAAGAAGCUAUUAAUGCAUGUUUUAACGCAGCAAACUGUAAAUCAUCAAAUGGCCGACGUUACACAACAACAUGGGUAUAUGAAUGUUUACUUAUGCGAAUCAAAUCACCAAAGUUAUAUCGUAAAAUGCGCAGGGAUAACAUUCUACCUUUACCAUCUUACACCACUUUACAGAGAUAUAUUAAAAACUCCGUCCUGUAUAUGGUUUUUCUGAUGCAACUAUUAAAAUGA